AUGGUGCAGGAGUCCAUAGUGAGUGCUGAUCGUGUGCGGAAGCAUUUGCAGGCAUAUGGACUGGAAUCGAAAGAACCAGAGCCUCUUGUUGGUGGUCGGGUGCUUGGAAUUGCUUUGAGCAAGUCACCGAGUGGGCAUCUGGAGAUGUCGCGGGGGAGUGAACUCCCUGAGGCAGAUAGUGGAGUCACUCUUACUAAGAGAGGCUUGUUUUCAUUAUGUGGCCGCCUGACAGGACAUUACCCUGUGGCCGGGUGGUUGAGGGCCUCGUGUAGCUUCUUGAAGCGACUCGGGUCCGAAGGCUCAUGGGAUGAGCCGGUUCAGAGCAGUGUGCGUAAGCUAGCCAGCGAGUUGGUGGAUCGCGCGCGCUUUGAAGAUCCUGUGAAAGGACGUUGGCAUGUCAAACAAGGUGAAGUCACUGUUUGGACAGAUGCCAGCUCUCUUGCUCUGGGAGUGGUUAUUCAGGUGAAUAACGAUAUUGUGGAGGACGCUUCGUGGCUUCGGAAGAAGUCGGACAGCCUCCACAUCAAUGUGGCUGAAUUGGAGGCAGUCGGUCGGGGAAUCAAUCUGGCUAUUCAGUGGGGAUUCAAAGCCUUCACUGUGGCCACCGAUUCCCGGACGGUAUUAUCUUGGUUGGAUAAUACAGUUGAGGGGCGUGAUCGUGUCCGCACGAAGGGCGCCGCGCAGAUGCUUAUAAAGCGUCGUUUGCUGGUGAUUAAGCAGGUCAUCGCCGAGUACGAGCUGUCAGUUAUUUUUCGAUUUGUUCCUACAAUCGAGAAUAAGGCUGACAGGAUGACUCGAGUACCGAAAAGGUGGCUCGGUCAUUGUGAGUCCGUUGACUCGAGAGCCGACGAGUUGGUCUCGGCAGCUCUGUGUACCGGAAGGACGGUGACGGAUGCCAUAUGGGCGGCUCAUCUGCCGCACCAUUUGGGCGUCGACCGCACACUUUAUCUUGGGAAGCAAAUCAGGUCUGACCUGACGCGUGACCAGGUGAAGCGUGUUAUUGCAGGGUGCGAAGCGUGCCAACGCAUCGACCCUGCAAUGAGGGCUGAGAACCUCGUUGGCCAGGGUGAGCUGGCCGUUGAGAAAGAUUGGUGUCGGGUUGCAGUCGAUGUGACCCAUCACUGCGGCAGUCUAUAUCUUUCAAUGGUAGACUGUGGACCAUCGAGGUUCGCCAUCUGGCGUAAGCUACCGAAUGAGUCGGCAGCCGCCAUUGUUGCUCAACUUCGCCAAGUGGUGAUUGAGCGAGGACCGUUUGUUGAAUUGCUGAUGGAUAAUUCUACGGCUUUCAGGUCGGCGUCUGUAGAGGAGUUUGCUACAGAAUGGGGAAUCUCUCUGAGAUUUCGUGCUGCCUAUGUUCCCAGUGGAAAUGGGAUCGUAGAGCGGAACCAUCGCACCAUCAAGAGGAUGGCUGCGCGGGGGAGGAUUACUCCCGAGGAGGCUACCUUCUGGUACAAUGUGACGCCUCGUGACUCUGAAUGCCACACGGUCCCGAGUGGCAGGUUGUUCAGGUAUCCGUGGCGGAUACCGUAUGAUGUCAACGUGAAGGUUGACGAAGAUGGAGCAAAGAAUGCUUUCUCUGUCGGUGAUGAAGUCUGGGUUAAACCUCCAGUUCCUUCAUGCACAAAACGGUGGGCCCCAGGCCGAGUGACUGCUGUGAAGUCGAAGCACAUCGUGUGCGUUGAUGGGAUGCCUAGGCAUGUGCGCGACGUUAGAAGACGUCGCGGGUCAGUCAGUAAUGACACAGCUGAGUCAUCUGAUGACGGCGAGUGGCCAAAUGGCGAAGGUGGCAGACCGGUCACCGAUAACGGUGAGAAUGUCUCGACCGAAGCAGGUCGUGAUUCACGGAAGGCACAAGAACCUGCUCCUGUUGAGAGGCCUGUUGAUGUUGGCCCUGAGUCGGCCGGUGAGGAGAUAGUAACCUAG